AAAGCCAGCGCCUGCCUGCCUUCCCCUCUCCCGUGGCUCCGCCUCUGCCGUCCCCCAGCUGGAGGGGCCGGCGGGAGCGGGCAGCCCAGCACCCGUGUGCCAGGUGCUCGGAGCGAAUGCGAGAUCGGAGGGGGAUUAUGUCACUCCUUCGAAGGAUGGAUUGAACGCGCUUCCUCCCGGGUCUGACUGACAGCACCACCCAGGAGACCGGAGCAUAUAAAGAGGAGGCUGCCGACCCCCGCUCUGCACGCCGUGGACCUGGUCCUCCGGGCUCCGUCCCCGGCACCGAGUCAGCCCUCGCCACAGCCGUUCGACGUCCCAGGGUUCCUCCGCCGAAGCAGGAUGCUCUGGGAUCUGGUCCUGCUCGCCCUCUGGGCCGCGUCCGGCGCGCGAGCUGGCGACCAGGACGAGGACACCGCCUUCAACCUUUUCAGCAUCAGCAACAUAAACCGGAAGACCAUUGGGGCCAAGCAGUUCCGGGGGCCUGACCCCAACGUGCCAGCGUAUCGUUUUGUCCGCUUUGACUACAUCCCACCCGUGAGCGCAGAUUACCUCAGCAAGAUUGCCAAGAUCGUGAGGCAGAAAGAGGGCUUCUUUCUCACGGCCAGCCUGAAGCAGGACCCCAAGUCCCGGGGCACGCUCCUGGCUCUGGAGGGCCCCGGCGCCUCCCAGAGGCAGUUCGAGAUCGUGUCCAACGGCCCGGCCGACACGCUGGACCUCACCUACUGGAUAGACGGCGCUCAGCACGUUAUCUCCCUGGAGGACGUGGGCCUGGCUGACUCCCAGUGGAAGAACAUCACCGUGCAGGUGACAGGGGAGACCUACAGCUUGUACGUGGGCUGCGACCUGAUCGACAGUUUCACGCUGGACGAGCCUUUCUACGAGCAGCUGCGGACAGAAAAGAGCAGGAUGUACGUGGCCAAAGGCUCUGCUCGAGACAAUCACUUCCGGGGUUUGCUGCAGAACAUCUACUUAGUGUUCGAAAACUCAGUGGAAGAUGUUCUAAGCAAGAAAGGUUGUCAGCAAAGUCAGGGAGCCGAAGCCAACGCCAUCAGCGAGAACACGGAGACACUGCACCUGAGCCCUCAGGUGGCCACGGAGUACGCGGGCCCAGGCGCGCACAGGAGGCCGGAGGUGUGCGAACGCUCCUGCGAGGAGCUGGGCACCAUGAUCACCGAGCUGUCGGGGCUGCACGUCAUCGUGAACCAGCUUCACGAGAACCUGCGGAAAGUGUCCAAUGACAACCAGGUCCUCUGGGAGCUCAUCGGCGGCCCGCCCAAGACCAGGAACAUGUCCGCCUGCUGGCAGGACGGCCGCUUCUUCGCGGAAAAUGAAACCUGGGUGGUGGACAGCUGCACCAAAUGCACCUGCAAGAAAUUUAAAACCGUUUGCCACCAAAUCACCUGCCCGCCGGCGACCUGUGCCAACCCGUCCUUCGUGGAGGGAGAAUGCUGUCCUUCCUGCUUCCACUCACUGGACGGUGAGGAGGGCUGGUCCCCCUGGGCGGAGUGGACCCAGUGCUCUGCCACCUGCGGGUCGGGCACCCAGCAGAGAGGGCGGUCGUGUGACGUCACCAGCAACACCUGCUUGGGGCCGUCCAUCCAGACGCGGGCGUGCAGCCUGGGCAAGUGUGACCACCGAAUCCGGCAGGAUGGGGGCUGGAGCCACUGGUCGCCGUGGUCUUCCUGCUCUGUGACCUGCGGCGUGGGCAACAUCACCCGCAUCCGGCUCUGCAACUCGCCCGUCCCCCAGAUGGGGGGCAAGAAUUGCAAGGGGAGUGGCCGGGAGACCAAAGGCUGCCAGGGCACCCCGUGUCCAAUCGACGGCCGGUGGAGCCCCUGGUCCCCAUGGUCAGCCUGCACGGUCACCUGUGCCGGAGGGAUCCGGGAGCGGACGCGCGUCUGUAACAGCCCCGAGCCCCAGCACGGGGGCAAGGACUGCGUGGGGGACGUCCAAGAGCGUCAGAUGUGCAAUAAAAGGAGCUGUCCUGUAGACGGCUGCUUGUCCAACCCGUGCUUCCCCGGUGCCGAGUGCAGCAGCUUUCCAGACGGCUCCUGGUCCUGCGGCGCCUGCCCCGUGGGCUUCCUGGGCAACGGCACACACUGUGAGGACCUGGACGAGUGUGCCGUGGUCACCGACGUCUGCUUCGCCGUGGGCAAAGCCCAGCGCUGCGUCAACACCAACCCCGGCUUCCACUGCCUGCCGUGCCCCCCUCGCUACAAAGGGACCCAGCCCUUUGGCGUCGGCCUGGAGGCGGCCAGGACGGAGAAGCAGGUGUGUGAGCCUGAGAACCCGUGCAAAGACAAGACUCACGCCUGCCACAAGCACGCGGAGUGCAUCUACCUGGGACACUUCAGCGACCCCAUGUACAAGUGUGAGUGCCAGACGGGCUACGCGGGAGACGGGCUCAUCUGCGGGGAGGACUCGGACCUGGACGGCUGGCCCAACAAGAACCUGGUGUGCUCCACCAAUGCCACCUACCACUGCAUCAAGGACAACUGCCCCCUGCUGCCGAAUUCCGGGCAAGAAGACUUUGACAAGGACGGCACCGGUGACGCCUGUGACGAUGAUGACGACAAUGACGGCGUGGACGAUGAGAAGGACAACUGCCAGCUUCUCUUCAACCCCCGCCAGUUCGACUAUGACAAAGAUGAAGUCGGGGACCGCUGUGACAACUGCCCGUAUGUGCACAACCCGGCGCAGAUCGACACGGACAACAACGGCGAGGGCGACGCGUGCUCCGUGGACAUUGACGGAGACGACGUCUUCAACGAGCGGGACAAUUGUCCCUACGUCUAUAACACCGACCAGAGAGACACAGACGGGGAUGGCGUGGGCGAUCACUGCGACAACUGCCCCCUGGUGCACAACCCUGAUCAGACCGACAUAGACAACGACCUCGUGGGAGACCAGUGUGACAACAAUGAUGACAUCGACGACGAUGGCCACCAGAACAACCAAGACAACUGCCCCUACAUCCCCAACGCCAACCAGGCCGACCACGACCACGACGGCCAGGGCGACGCCUGUGACUCAGACGAUGACAACGACGGGGUCCCAGACGACAGGGACAACUGCCGGCUUGUCUCCAACCCUGGCCAGGAGGACUCCGAUGGGGACGGGCGUGGGGACGCUUGCAAAGACGACUUUGAUAACGACAGCAUCCCAGACAUCGAUGACGUGUGUCCUGAGAACAGCGCCAUCAGCGAGACCGACUUCAGGAACUUCCAGAUGGUCCACCUGGACCCGAAGGGCACCACUCAGAUCGACCCCAACUGGGUCAUUCGCCAUCAGGGCAAGGAGCUGGUGCAGACGGCCAACUCGGACCCCGGCAUCGCUGUCGGUUUUGACGAGUUCGGGUCCGUGGACUUCAGCGGCACGUUCUACGUCAACACCGACCGGGACGAUGACUACGCCGGCUUUGUCUUCGGCUACCAGUCCAGCAGCCGCUUCUACGUGGUCAUGUGGAAGCAGGUCACCCAGACCUACUGGGAAGAGCAGCCCACUCGGGCUUACGGCUACUCGGGCGUGUCCCUCAAGGUGGUGAACUCCACCACGGGCACCGGCGAGCACCUGAGGAACGCGCUCUGGCAUACCGGGAACACGCAAGGCCAGGUGCGCACGUUAUGGCACGACCCCAAAAACAUUGGCUGGAAGGACUACACUGCUUACAGGUGGCAUCUGACCCACAGACCGAAGACGGGCUACAUAAGAGUCUUAGUGCAUGAAGGAAAACAGGUCAUGGCGGACUCGGGACCCAUCUAUGACCAAACGUAUGCCGGCGGGCGGCUGGGUCUGUUUGUGUUCUCGCAGGAAAUGGUCUAUUUCUCAGACCUCAAAUACGAAUGCCGAGAUGUCUAAACAAGACCGGCUGCAUUUCCAGAAACGUACUGUAGACGCUGUUGCCUAGACCCCUAGUCUGUGCUGGUGCUUCCGGCUUUGCUCUCUUUAGCAGCAGCUCCCGUCCUUGACCCUGACGCUGGGGGUCCUUCACCGACAUCAACCCCACGCCCAAGCGCCUUCAGAGGGGACUGGUCGUGGGCCCCACAGGUGAACGUCCGGCCCAGAAGACAGCUUGAUGAUGCAGGAGACUCCGUGCAGUGACAAUUGAGCUCGGCAUUACAUCGCUUCUUGUUUGUUUAAAAAGAAUGACGUUUACAUAUAAAAUGUAAUUACUUACUGUAUUUAUGUGUAUAUGGAGUUGAAGGGAAUAUUGUGCGCAAGCCAUUAUAAAUUAAGCAGAAAAAAAUAUCGCUGCACGACUUUCAGUGCUUAAAGCCAUUUCCACUCUUGGGUCUGAGCUGUCCCACAGCAGCCAGUCCUGUCGGGUUCACGGAGUCUGGAGUCGUGCCGGUAGCAGAGGUCGGGAGACCUCGUCCGACGUGGGGGGCUGGCUCUCUAACUGGAACUUGAGCGGUGGUCACGAGGACAAACGGAAGCCCCUUCCCCCACUGUCCCCCCCUACAGCGGUGGAGUCCGAAGUCCCGUACUUGGCCUCCGUUGGUGAAGUUAGCGGAGAGAAGUGGGCGCUCCCACCGCGGCGGGCUGGAGGGAGCUCCGCGUGUCCCUUGGUUCUGCUCUCUGAGCACCAGGGUCUCUGUGCGAGUCUUUUCCGGGGCCUGGCUCCGGACCACGCGUCAGCAAGAGCACUUUAGCAUCUAAUUCCUCCUCUGGGCUUUGCAACUCUGCAAAAGUUGCUUACCUAGUUUGGCAACACUUUUCAUUAAGGUUCCAGUUAGAAAUGCUAAUAUUUAUUAAAUGACUUUAGGAUGCAGCUUCAUUCACCAUAACUUAUUUUAAAUGUGUCAAGUAACACACGUAUAGCAUGAUUUCUAGGGAUACACGUAGAGCACACAUAUGAUACAACGAUGUAGUUACAAGGAAGUACCUUCCUGCCGAGAUACAAGCUUUACAAUAUGCUGUUGUCACGACAAAGCGUAUUUCAAAUGAAGGGGAAUAAAUAAAUGAUAACGAAGACUUGAUAAAGGAACCUUAAUUUAUACUGUUGCCAACGCACUAAUCCAGUAUGUGCCCCUGUUCUCUGCUGUACGUAGGAUUUGAAACCUUAAAGGCUGAAGAAAAAAGCAUCAAGCCUUGCCAGACACACCUGUUAAUCAGUCAUACAAUGAUAUACACGAUUUUUUGGGGUUUUUUUGGUUUUUGUUUUUGUUUUUUUGUUUUCGCUUUAAAUUGCAUGUUCUUUCCGCAGGAAAUAUUAAUCUCCCUCCACAUAAGGGGUUUAAUAAGAGAAGUUUGUCUUACUUGUCUGAUGCGGGCAAAUCUUCCUUCCCUUUCUGUUCAUAGUGAUCUUGUUUCUAUGUUUCUAUCUCGAUUCCGUAGUGUGGAAUUCAGAGGAUCCAUAACUCUUGUCCUAACUUGCACAUUUCAUUUGAUAAAGUUGUGUUUGUCGCUUCCUUUGAGGUUGACUUUUUGUUUUGCUGCACUUUCCACUUAGUUUUUGGAGCUGUGUUCCCAGACGGCGGGGGUUUGGGAACUGGACUAAAUGUAACGGCCGCGGAGAGUGCACAGGUGUCCGUGUGGCUGUCGCUCGGACGAACGACGCAGUGCUGUGCGAUGAUGAUGUGAAUAUUUAGAAUGUACCAUAUUUUUUCGGUAAAUUAUUUAUGUUUUUUUUUUUUUGAACAAACUUCUCUUCCAGAUUGAUGAAACCAUUUGUUUUGCCAAAGACUGUAAAUAUUUAUUUAUUUGUUCACAUGGUCAGAAUCUCACCACUGAAACCCUGCUUUUAUCUAGCUGCAGCCUCAUUUUUAUACUUUAAAGAUUAAUAACAGGAAAUAAAUUGUAAAAAGGUUUUCUAUAAA